CAUUCGAGCACUCAGGCACUGCCUGAGGGCCCGGGUUAGUAAGGGGCCCCAUGAAAUGCCCCUGGUACCUUUUUUAUAGGCUUUUUUGGGUGUACUUUGAGUGUGGGCAAGGACACAGGGGCCCCAUGAUCCCCUCUUGCCCGGGGGCCCCAUGAGUCGUCAGUCCGCCCCUGGUGCCAUCACCUCCUAUCUUUCCCAACUACUAAGCAUAUUAUGUGGAGCUGAGUUUUAAAAUAAACAAUUAUUC